AUGUCAAUUUUCAAUAUCAAUUUACACAUUUUCACCCUUUUACUGUUACUACUAAUUUUCGUUGCUAAACAGCAAAUAUCGGCCAAUAGUAUCUAUCGUGGAAAUCCUUAUGAAUCUCAAUCAAGCCUAUUCGACGAUGAUCAAUUAAAUCUGGAACCUUCAAGUGAUAAUUUAUUUUAUGAGCCAAUUGACAAUGCUAAAUCUUUGACAAUUCGUCGAUUGAGAACAUAUCGUUCAAAUUUUGUUCAAACAAUGCCACAUAUUAGUGUACGAAAUGGUGUAGUUCGUUUAAUUCCAUAUAAAAAACGUACUACAAUACCACUUGAACUUCAAAAAGCUUUAUAUGCUCAUGGAAUUGUUGGCCGUCGACGUUAA